AUGGUUUGGGAACAUAUAAAUCCAGACAAAGCGCAUGUGGCGUAUGCCGUUUUAGCGGUAUUCUCGUCCUUUUUCUCGCUUUGCUCGCUAUUUAUAAAGGAAAGACUGUAUAUUGGUGAGGCCUCUGUGGCCACAAUAUACGGUCUCAUAGUUGGUCCGCAUUGUUUGGACUGGUUCAACCCUUCCUCGUGGGGUAACGAGGACUACAUAACUCUGGAAAUCAGCAGAGUCAUUUUGUGCAUCGAAAUAGUGGCUGUCGCCGUAGAGCUUCCAAAGAAAUACAUCCUGAAGCACUGGCUCGGGGUGUUCCUGCUUCUGAUCCCUGUGAUGACCAUCGGAUGGCUGGUUAUAGGACUGUUCAUAUGGCUCAUCAUCCCCGGGCUACACUACGGAUACGGUCUGUUGAUAUCCGCCUGCAUCACUGCCACAGAUCCUGUUCUUGCACAGGCAGUUGUUGGUAAGGGUAAGUUUGCAAGAAGAGUGCCCGCCCAUCUGCGGAAUCUUCUCACCGCCGAGUCCGCAUGCAACGACGGCGUGUCUGUGCCGUUUGUCUACCUUGCAGUCAACAUCAUUAUCCACGGCUCGAACGCGGGGGCCAUCGCGCGUGAUUGGAUCACAGUCACGGUUCUUUACGAGUGUCUUUUUGGCUGCAUUCUAGGCGGGAUCAUUGGAUUCCUUGGACGCAAACUUAUCCAGUAUGCUGAAGAAAAAGACCUUAUUGAUAGAGAGUCGUUCCUGGCGUUCUACGUUAUGCUUGCGCUCCUGUGCGCAGGUUUUGGAGCCAUACUUGGUGUCGACGAUCUACUGGCUUCUUUUGCCGCCGGCGCUACUUUUGCCUGGGACGGUCGUUUCACCGAGCGUACAGAAGAGUCGCACGUCUCCUCGGUCAUUGACUUAUUGCUCAACUUGGCCUACUUCGUCUACUUCGGCACCGUUAUCCCGUGGGAGCAAUUUAAUAAUAAAUCGCUCGGCCUCGACUGGUGGAGACUCGUGUGCAUUGCGAUCGUGGUGAUAUUUUUGAGACGGAUCCCGGCAGUGCUGGCGAUCAAGCCGUUCAGUCCCGAUAUCAAAAACUGGAAAGAGGCCCUGUUUGUGGGCCAUUUUGGUCCAAUUGGCGUGGGUGCUGUUUUUGCAUCUAUCCUGGCCAUUGGCGAUUUGGAGGCCCAUGUCCUGCACCUUGAACACGGCCCCACCGCCCAAUAUCCAGACGUGGAAGAGUACCAUCAGCUAAUCAGAAUCAUUUGGCCGACUGUUUGUUUUUUGGUGCUCAGCAGUAUCAUAGUGCACGGUUCCUCUGUUGCUGUGAUGACCUUAGGCCGCCAUCUGCAAACAAUGACGUUCACCAUGACGCUGACAAAGGUGGAGACCGACGGCGGAGGAUGGAUCUCGAGACUUCCAAAGCUGGAAAAAAGCGGCACCUCCUUCUCAAUCAAAAGAAUUGAUACCAUGGCUCCCUCCGAGGCAAGCCACGACAACGGGCCAUUGGAGAAGACGUACACCAGUGACUCGACUAAUGUGGAUGCCGGCGACACUACGGCCUCUGCUAAACCAGCAGGAGUUGCAAAGAGACGCAAGCAAAAGAAAAAAAUGCAUAGGAAAAUCAGAGAAAAGCGAAGGGCCCCUCCUGCCGUGGAGACGUUGGAUCUUGGAAAAAACAACACUCAGGCCCAGCCUACUAAAGAGAGUUCAGACCAGAGUCUGACCACCCGUCUUGAGGUAGAGGAGGUUGACCGGUCUGACCAGUCCAGCGAACACGGCGAACAAAUUAUGGGUCCUCCUCUGAUGAAGAUCACAUCGCCAAGAAUGGCGGAAUUGCAAAGAGACUUUGAACUCACCGACGAUGAUAUACAACCAGUUGAGAUAGACGGAGAGCUAAAAAUUCCAACUUAUGGUUAUAGAGACGGUACACAGCUCAUUAUUGAGGACCAGCACGGAGAAAUAAUGCACACGUUUACUGCACCACGCGCAGAAUCAGACGAUCAGAAGAGCUUGCAUAGUCUGCACAGUUUAAGCACGUUGAAGAGCCGACUCGCCGACCUGCAAAGGAAAAAACGCAGUCGGACGAAUGACGGAGAAGAAAUCCAGAUCGAGGACUUUUCGCGCCCAGAAGAGAAAAUAGAUCAAUUGGUGAACAAGACCGACGCAGACCACAAAAUGCUUUUGGGCCAGAAGGUCAAACGUGACAAGAACAAUAAACCUCACGCUUCACAAAGAUACCAUGGUUUCCGCAUUGACGAUAACAUCCUGAUCGAAAACGCUGACGGAGAGGUUGUGGGAAGAUUCAAAAUUAACCAAAAGAAGAAACCUGCAGCUGCAAAAGCAGACACCCUCGACAAGGCAUUGAAGAUGGUUGGACUGUUGAAGGAAAAAGCCGGAGACCUUGAGCAAAGUCAAGUCUCGAACGACGACUUGAUUCCAACGGAUGCCGGGCCGCAGGACAAAAAGCUAGAGAACAAGCUGAAAAAAUUCCUUACUGCAGACUCCCGUAAAGUCACUGUGAGUUCUCCACCUUCGUCAUCGCAGAAAAAUACAGACUCAUCAACGGGUUCCGACUCGUCCAACGGCACAGACAGCUAUAACCAGGAGGAGUCCGAGGUGGAGCGUGCGAGACGUCUGGCUGCGCUGGCCUCGUCCUCCAGAGACCCGGACGACGAGGAGGACGAGCCUGCCACCAAAUUAUAA